AAAACGGCAAAUAGCAAAGGCCACAGCGUGGGCCUUCCCGAGAUACCUCGUUACCGCCACCGCUUCUGGUAAAUGCAAAGAGUAAGUAGCCGUAAUAAGGAAGGAUGUAUCAGGAUCGGCGUUAGCAUGGCAAGUGGGGCACAAACAGCGGUCGGUACAGAAAGUAAGCCCACUCAGUCCAUUGCGGGCUCUCAGAUACCGACGUGCAGACGGUCGAACCAGUUGUGAAAGACGGACACGGAAGUGCAGUGCGAGAAAAACCGACGAUAUGUUCGGAUGAAAGAAAACCGUGAAAAGUGACAAGUGGUUGCAGUGACAGUGCUUUCCCUGGGUUUUUUGGAUAAAAGCGCGAUUUUCAUUUUUUUAUAACAAGAUGGUCGGCCUUAAAAUCGUCGAUGAAAUCUUGAACAAAUCCUUCUAUAAGCUAGGUCUUCUGGUGGGCCGCCACCCCGGCUACUUUCUCAUCGUUCCGGUCCUGCUCACUCUGCUCGGCAUCACCGGCUUCCAGCGCAUCCACACCAACAUCGACCCCGAGUACCUCUUCAGCCCCAUCAACGGCGAGGGCAAGAUCGAGCGCUCCAUCGUGGAGAGCUUCUUCAAAGUGAACUACACUAGUAAAUUCAACGUCGCCAGAAUAACGAGAGCAGGUCGUUUUGGGAGAGUGAUCGUUACGUCGAAAGAUGGGAACAAAAAUCUGCUGCGGACGGUCGUGUGGAAGGAGCUGCGGCUGCUGGACGGGAUCAUCCAGAACAUGACCGUGUACCAUGAUGACGACUACUUCACGUACAAGGAUAUUUGCGCCAGGUGGAUGUCGGACUGCUUCCAGAACGAUAUCCUGAAUCUGGACUAUAUUAUGGAUGACGUCGAAACAGGCAAUCUUAACUUAACCUUCCCCUUGAUGUUCAACCCCGUGACGUGGGACGCCCACGCGUUCCCGGUGUUCUUCGGCGGCACCCAGGUCAGCGAAGACGGCCUCAUCAUCAGCGUGCCCUCCGUCCAACUGGUCUACUUCGGCAACGCCGACAGCAAAAAAUACGACGCUAUGGGGUCUGCAUGGGAGGACGCGUUCCUGGAUACGGUGGGCAAGGCGCAGGACGACGGACUUUUCGAACACAUUCGGAUCGCGCGGUUUGCGUCCAGGACUCUGGAUCACGAGCUGGAGAAGAACACGCGCUCGGUGAUUCCGUAUUUUACGUCGACGUUUGCGGUGAUGGCGAUUUUUUCAGUUGUGACGUGCAUGAUGACGGACUGGGUAAGGUCGAAACCUUGGCUGGGUCUCCUGGGGAACUUGAGUGCCGCAAUGGCAACUCUGUGUGCUUUCGGGGUCUGCAUCUACGCCGGAAUCGACUUCAUCGGGAUUAAUUUAGCAGCGCCCUUCUUAAUGAUUGGUAUAGGAAUCGACGACACCUUCGUCAUGCUGGCAGCUUGGCGGCGCACUUCCAUCAAAACCCCAGUCCCGGAGCGCAUGGCACAGAUGUUAAGCGAAGCCGCCGUCUCCAUCACCAUCACCUCAGUGACCGAUUUCUUCAGUUUUUGGAUUGGCAUCUUCAGUCCGUUUCCGUCGGUUACCAUCUUCUGUAUCUACUCUGGCGCCGCUACGGUGUUCCUCUUCGUCUGGCACUUGACCUUUUUCGCCGGGUGUGUGGCCAUUUCCGGCUACUGCGAACAGAAGAAUCUCCAUUCCAUAGCAUGCGUGAAAGUACAACCUCUAUCUAAAUCCAAACACCGCUGUUGGAUGUAUAGAGUCUUCUGCUCCGGUGGUGUGGACCCGGACGACAUGGACAACCCCAUAGACAACCAGGAGCACGGAAUGAUGGUGUUCUUCCGCGACUACUUCGCCCCGUUCCUCAACAACGGUUUAGUCAAAGUCGUUGUGAUCUUAGUCUUCGGGCUCUACCUCUUAGGUGCUGGUUACGGCGUAACGCAAAUCGAAGAAGGUCUCGAACGGAGAAAAGUGGCCAAAAAUGACUCCUACGCCAUCGAGUUCUUCGACCGAGAAGACGACUACUACCGAGAGUUUCCGUAUCGGAUCCAGGUGGUGAUCGCGGGAGAGUACGAAUACUGGAACCCCGAAAUCCAACGACAAGUAGAAAACUUGACCCAAACCUUCGAAAACACGUCCUAUGUUUCGAACACUCUGUACACGGAGUCGUGGUUGAGGAGUUUCAUCCAGUACGCCGAAAGAAACGAAGACUUUUUAAAUAUCUCGAUUAAAACUAAAGAAGGGUUCAUGCAAGCGCUCAAAGAGUUCUGGCUAGCCCCCACCAGUCCUUUUUCGCUGGACGUGAAGUUCAACGAAGCUGGAGAUUCCAUAGUCGGGAUGAGAUUCCUCAUCCAAGCUGUUAAUAUUUCAGGUACCGAACACGAAAAGGAAAUGGUGAGGGCGUUACGCAAGAUUUGUAAAGAGUCGCCGCUGAAUGUUAGCGUUUUCCACCCAUAUUUUGUUUUCUUUGACCAAUUCGAACUGGUACGACCUCUCUCCAUCCAGAACAUGGUCAUCGGAGCAGGAAUCAUGAUGUUGGUGUCGUUUAUUUUUAUCCCGAAUAUUCUAUGUUCUUUGUGGGUCGCCUUCAGUAUUCUUUCUAUAGAAGCCGGGGUUGUUGGAUACAUGGCUUUGUGGCACGUCAACCUUGACUCUAUCUCUAUGAUCAACUUGAUCAUGUGUAUAGGGUUCAGUGUGGACUUCACCGCUCAUAUCUGUUACGCGUACAUGUCUUCAAGUGCGAAAACUCCAGACGAAAGAGUCAAGGAAUGCCUCUAUGCUCUCGGUUUACCCAUUUUCCAAGGGUCUGUUAGUACCAUUCUAGGAAUGAUCGCGCUACUACUCGCCAACAACUACAUCUUCGCUGUGUUCUUCAAAAUGGUGUUCCUAGUGGUGUUCUGUGGCGCCAUGCACGGGUUGUUCCUUCUCCCGGUACUCCUGUCGCUCUUUGGUCCCGGAUCCUGCUCUUCCAGACGCAACGACGACGAAAUUAAAAUGUCCAACGUCGAGAAAGCUUUACCUCACCCUUAUUGUAUCCCGCACCCCCAAUUCACCCUCAAUGGUAGCAACCUAGGCAACAACCUCAAGUGUCAAAAACUCGACACUCUCGAAAAAUACACCAAGAAACCCCAAUACAAAACCUACGACCUCGACAAAGACCUGGGUUUAGGUACUUCCGAAGAAAAUUCCAGCGAAUCGUCGAGUCACUCCAAUAAAAAACCGCCCGCUGAAGAAGAAAUCAUGGAACGGAGAUACCGAGAAGCUUGGCGGAGGAACUCGGACACCGUGAGCCAGUUUCACACGUCGCAGGUGCUGGAUAUCUACGGGAAUGAGUCGGAACGGGAGUACUACAGACGACUGGAGGAAAAUCGGAGGCGGUUCCAGGAGAACAAUCCCGAGGCGAGGCCGAGGUACAACGACCAGAGGCAGCGCAGGAGAUACUCGCCGCCCGAGCAGCGGUACUACAGGAAUCAGGGGUUGGCGAGGUCGAGUUCGUACCACAAUAUCGUUCAUCCACGAUACGUCCAGGAGCUGAGAUUCCCGUGACGUUAGUUCCAUUUGACUACUUUGUUUAGUGUGAUAAGUUCCGCAUGAACUCUCCGACGAUGUGCUCAAUGCUAGGUUAAGUUGUACAGAUACGAUUUUGUAUAAAUUAUUUUUGCAUUGCUACGAAAAAAAUAAUAAAAGUAUUUAAGAUG